AUAAAGGUCACUUAUGUUAUUUAUUAUUAUCAGAAAAUGACCUGAAUCACAAAGCCAAAAAAAAAACCUAAACGCAUCUUCUUCUUCUCACUUUCAAGGAUCAAGAGAUCGCUUCUUACAGUUCCAUCUUCCAACAUUUUACUCAGCAGCUUCAGAUGGUGAUUCCACCAGCAGUGAGACCACCACGUCUCUUCGACUACCUAAAACCUUACGUGCUGAAAAUGCAUUUCACAAACAAGUUUGUCCACGCACAAGUCAUCCACUCACCAACAGCCACAGUGGCUUGCUCAGCGAGCUCGCAAGAGAAAGCAUUGAGAGAAACAAUGGACAUCACACGCGACGUCGCUGCUGCUUCAAAGAUUGGUAAAAUUCUUGGAGAAAGACUCUUGAUGAAAGAUAUUCCCGCUGUUACUAUUCAGAUGAAGAAAGAACAGAGGUAUCAUGGUAAAGUCAAGGCUGUUAUCGAUUCUGUAAGAGAAGCUGGUGUCAAGUUGCUCUGAAGAUUAUUCAAUAAUCUGAAUCAGUUUGGCAAUGUCGUUUCUUUUUCCGGUUAAUCGGACAAAUUGAGAUAAGAUUGGUGCCACAUUUUUAAAGCCCUGCUUUUAAAAUCCAUGUUACAAGAUAAUGAAUGUUAUAAGCUUUGACUAUGGAAGUAAAAUAGAUUACAUAAAUUUAAUGUCUUUAAUACUAUUCUGCGAUUA